UCGGGGCGCGAGUCUCAUUGCAUGUCCUCCGGCGGAUUGGCCGAGUCGCCAUGGGACGUAUGCCCAACGCAAAGAGGAAACGUGCGCCGACGCUGACCGUGCAGAAGAAGCCGCACGGGAAGCCUGAUGCUCAAUGCAUCGCUCACUGCACCAACGGGCGCCGGUGCAACGGCCGAAUUGAGCCCCAGAAGAGAGGUCAACCGAUGCCCUACUGCCGGAAGCACCUCCGCGCUGGCGAUGGGGCACUGAAGGUGUACCAGCACCCCAAGGGCUAUGGCAAGAUUUUGGUGGCAAGGUUCAAUUUGGCGAAAGGCUACCGGAUGGUGUACCACGGACACCGAAAGACCACAGGGACUCAUCACGAUGAUGAGUUGGAUCCCGACGAGGAUCGCACGCUUUGGUUCUACCCCGACGGUCAGGGGAGAGUGAACGGGUACAUCGACCCCACGGGCUGCCCCGGCUCGGUGCUGCAGUUCGCGGCCAACUGCGGGCCCAAAGAGGUGGUGAACCUCCGGCAGUCCAACCGCGCCUUCGGGGCACGCGACGGAGACUACGGGGGCAUGGAGUACACCGCGACCAUGGCGGUGCCUGCGGGUACGCAGCUGGUGCACAACUACGGCGCCUCCUGGUGGAAGGACCGGCCCGAGCUCAAGCGCUGCGAUGUUGGCACGGAUCGCUUUCCUGCACCGAAGCGCAAGGCAAAGUGAGCGAGGUGGCAAGUCUCACAAGCCCUUGGCAGGUGGGAAGGAAGCCGAAAAAGGAGGGGU